AAAUGCUAUCUCUUCUAACCAAUCGAAUGCAGGUAGACUGUUUUUUUAACCAAUAAGGUUCAAAGAAUUAUAAAGAAGGAGGUGAUAUUUCUCGGAAAAGCUGGUUGCUUUAUGUUUAAUGUUUUGAUAGCUUACACCGCAAAUGUUAACGAUAUAACAUUUCAAGUAGCUGUUAAUAAAAAUUGGCGUUUUCUCGAUAAGGAACAGUUUUCUACAACCUCUAAAGAACUUUAUAUUGUCGACAGAAAGCUAAGAGUUUUAUAAAUUUUAUAAGGAAGGUUGUGACAUUUCUCGGAAAAGCUGGUUGCUUUAUUUUUAAUUAUUAUCUAACCCAAUUAAAAUCAAAUUUUAUGUUGGAUUAGAGGCCUCUUAAUCUCAUUUGCAAUUUAAUAAGAACAGUUUCAAUUGCCGCUUAGCUGAAUAAGAAGUUUUUGGAUAUGGAAUGCAAAGAAAAAGUCACUUCCAUUACGUGGGCAAUUCAAAAUUUUAGUUGUUGUUGGCAAAAAAAGAGAAAAUUUCUUGUCAGUCCGACUUUCUGCAUUUACGCACCUGAAAAAACAAAAUGGAAAUUAAUAUUAUAUCCAAACGGGUUUGUAGAUGGCAAUUACAUUGCAUUCUUUCUUUAUAGAGACAAAGAUUGUAAUUAUAUUGAAAGUGUAGAAGUAGUAUACAGUCUUGAAGUCCUGUGUGCUGAUUUCUCUAUCCUAAAGACUGCAGAAAGUAGAGACAAGUUCGAAAAAAAUCAACGAUUUGGCUUUUCAAAAUUUCUAGGAAAAAAAUCUCUAGCUAUAACAGAAAAAAUAACUCACGUACCUCAAGACGUUUUAACAGUGCGUUGUAGAAUAAAGCGGUUUGUCGAAAAAACAAUAGAUAUUCGACAAAUAUUUGCCCGAACCAUUAUCAAUGUCGAAAGAAUUUCUUUUAUUUGGCGCAUAGAGCAGUUUAGUCAAAUGACAAAAGAAGAGACAAAAUCUUUUGUAAUUAAAUCUGCAUUAGAUUGUUGUAUGAUAAAAAUUGAUCUAUCUUUAACGAAUGAAGAAGAUACCGAGGAAAAUGUGUGUCUGAGUAUGCGUUCGUUCGAACAUAGUGUGAAAUUUUCAUCGAUGAGGACAUUCAUAUUAGAUUCCCAGAAACAUGAAAUUGAUUCUGGCGAGUUUAAAUGUUUUUUUGAAAGCGGAAAAGGGUUGACGCAUCUACUUAAAAUCACAAAUAAUAUGAUAAUGAAAAAUAAAGAUCUUUAUCUGUAUGAGGAUGUUUUAUCUCUAGGAUUUGUGAUAGCAAUCUCCACUGGAAUAUUAUACGAAGGCUUGGAAAAUGUCGAAUAUUCGUAUGCCACACAUCUGACCACGAAUGAAGUUGUCAUGGAUUGGCGAAGUUUUAACGCUGAAGGAAAUAGUUAUGAUGAAAACAGUGAAUUAAAGGCUGAUUUAAUUUCCUUAUAUAGAGAAAAAAGUUUGUGUGACAUGAAACUCAAGACAAAAACGAAUAAUUUCUCUGUUCAUACAUCAAUUCUAGGUGCUCGAUCUCCAGUGUUCAAAGCAAUGUUUUCAAGUGAUAUGAAAGAGAAUAUUAAUAGAUGCGUCGAUAUGUCUGAUUUACAGGAUGAAACCGUGCGUCGAUUUCUUUUAUAUUUGUACUCUGACCAACUAGAAGACUUGAAAUGGGAUGAUGCUUUGCAACUAUAUAAGGUUGCAGACAAAUAUGCAGUAUUUUCUCUCGUACACAAAUGUUCUAUGUUUUUGAAGAACAACUUGAAUCUGGAAAACGUAUGCGAAGCUUUAAUGCAUUCGGACUUGCACCAAGAUGAAAAUUUCAAGGAAAUUGCGCAAAACCUUAUAUUGAAAAAUGCAAAUACAAUUUUUAAAUCCGAAGAAUGGAAAGUUUUGGCGGUUGCUAACCCUCAAUUAGCAGUGGAGACGAUGAUUCGGAUUUGGAAUGACGACUGAAUGGAAAAUUUGAUGAGUGGAGUAGUGACAGCAGAAUGCAGGAUAUUGCUGUCUCGAGUGCCAGUGUAAUAGCGCAUCAACGGGACGAUACAAAGCGUUUCUGAAAUGAAAUAUCAUGGAAGAGCGAAAAAUAAAGCUAUCAUGUUCCGAGCACUGUUUAUAUUUAAACGCCACUGCUUCUUUUGCUAUUUCAUAACUUCAGAAAAUGUCAUGGAUUCUUCAAAUUAUUAUAUGGAUUAUUUACAAAUUUUUAUAGUUUAGAGUAGAUACAAUUCCUUAAUUUAUUCAAAUUUUUGUAAAUGCAUGCAUGUUCACGAACGUGUUUAAUUUUAAUUCUAAAUUUUUGGUUUUAAUAGUUUGUUUCUUUAAUAAAUAAAAAUGUUCGUUAUAAGUAGCAAACAUUUGCUUUUGAAAAUUAACAAAAA